UGUGGACAUUUAUUUGUGAUGGGAGGGUGCUCAGCACCAGGUUGCCAUUUAAAUAGUGGAGAAUUGCUUAAUUUGGAUUUUGCCAAAGAAGCAGAAAAUUUUAAAAUUGAUGGGAAAUUACUCGAUUACAACAAUAUUAGAGGAUUUUCUUGUUCUGCAUUUUGGAAAUGGUGGAUUUAUUUUUGGAGGUUAUGA